UUGUUUUGGUCCAGGCUGUUACCAGUCUUGGUUUUUGUUGCCAAAAAAUGCCCAUAAACUUUAAUAUUGGACUCCUCGGACAUGUGGACAGCGGAAAGACCACUUUGGCCAAGGCUUUGAGUUCCAUUUCCAGCACAGCAUCCUUCGACAAGAAUCCCCAGUCGGUGGAGCGAGGAAUCACUUUGGAUUUGGGCUUCAGCGGACUUUUGGUUGAUGCCCGUUCCAGUUUCCCUGAAGGAGAGCAACUCCAGUUCACCUUCGUGGACUGUCCCGGCCAUGCAAGUCUAAUACGCACUAUUAUAGGAGGAGCCCAGAUCAUUGAUCUCAUGCUUCUCGUGGUAGACGCCCAAAAGGGCAUACAAACACAAACGGCGGAAUGCCUUAUUAUUGGCGAAUUGCUACAGAAAAAGUUAAUUGUAGUAAUCAACAAAAUAGAUGUUUACCCAGCGGAUCAGAGAGUUUUAAAGCUGGAGAAGCUCCGGUCGCGUUUGUCGAAGACUUUGGAAGCCACCAGCUUUGGUGGCCAAGUGCCUAUGUACGCAGUGUCUGCUCUUGAAGGAACACACAUUCCGGAGUUACGAAACGGAUUGAUAGAGGCUUUUUUCAAGCCGGACAGAAACGUAACUGACCCACUGUUGAUGUACGUUGACCAUUGUUUUGGAAUAAAAGGUCAGGGAACUGUUUGCACGGGCACCCUGCUCCAGGGAAAAGUUCACGUAAACGAUGUGAUAGAGUUGCCAGCUCUUGGUGAGCAAAGGAAAGUGAAAUCGAUGCAGAUGUUCCAUCAGAACGUGUCUAGUGCCUCAAUGGGCGAUCGAAUCGGCCUUUGUGUGACCCAGUUCAAUGCCAAGCUUAUGGAACGCGGUGUAAUUGCCCAGCCAGGUUACUUGAGACCCAUCUACGCCGUGUGCCUGCAGCUCAAACCAAUACGCUACUACAGACAGUCAAUCAAAUCUAAAAGCAAACUACACAUAUCAGUGGGACAUGACACUGUGAUGGCUAACGUUACUUUGUUUCGAGACGGGGAUAAUGCAUCACUUGAGUUUCAGCUGGACAAGGAGUAUGAGUAUGUGGAGGAAGUUCAGCCUGCAGAGGUUAAGUCCACCGAAGUGAUCUACGUUUUGUUACAGUUUGAAACCCCUGUACUGAUGCCCCCAAAUUCAACGCUGAUUGCCUCUAAACUGGACAUGGAUGUCCAUAGUAGCAGCUGCAGAUUAGCCUUUUGGGGACGCAUCGCCUGGCAGACGCAGAGCUCCAACUACAUACAUGUGGAACUUCCAAAGCUGCGCAUCUUUAAGCGGAAACAGAAAGUUGGAAGUAUUCAGCGAGUGGUGAAUGCCAACGAAGUGAUUGUUCAAAAUCUGUUCAAAAAAGAGGCCAAACGCGAUUUGUACGUGGGGAAGUUAAUAGAGCUAUCGUCCGGAGAAAAGGGUCGCAUUGAUCGAACCUUUGGCCAGACCUCCAAAGUGGCAAUAAUAUUUCAGGAUGCUCUAUUACCCGAAACAAUAACCAAUGUUAAGAAUGUACAGGUUUUACUUAACUGUAAGAAGUAUGUAUUUAAUAAACAGGCGGGCCUGAUUCAAUGACAAAUUUAGCUUAGUUUAAUUCAAAUAUUCCGCAAAAGAGGGCAUAGAUUUUCUAAUUAAGAUGUUUUUACAUGUUAAAUUAAUAUAAAUUAGUGAUCUUAUAUUGAUAU